AUGCGCCACCAAAUAGGUGUUGACAGAAGGGAUGCUAACAGACGGCGAAAGAAACUUUUGAUAGGGCUGAAGCGGCUGGAUUCAGAGUCGGGCAAGGGCAGCCGGAUACUAGAAGCAGAAGAAAAUCUUGACGUUGGCACAGUCGGCGACGGCAUAGACGAAGCAGUAUAUUGGGCCGACGCGAAGCUCGAGUCACUAGCGUCGGGCUCGUCACGGUCCUCAGAAAUGCGAGAGGCGCUAGAGAGGGCUGCUGCUGCCGACGCCGCAGAAAAUGCAGGGACAAGUGGCAGAGAGCCGUCAGGCUGGAAGAGCCAGGUGAAGACCGAGAAAAGAGACGGGUCCAGAAGCCAGACUGAGACGUCGGCUGUGAGAGACCAGAGCCACUACUCGUAG